AUAUCGAAGAUAUUUCUGAUUGGUCGAAAUCUGUUGCCUAUUCCUAUUCCCUGUUCCUAUUGCCUGUGCUUUUGUAUUGUGCAAUAAGCUUUACUCGCAAAGUUGUUUUGUUUCAGCAAACCUAAAACGAAAGGAAAAUUUUGCGAAAACGCGAGUCAAGGAAAGAGAUACAAAAGAUUACGGACGAAAGGCGUGAUCGUUAAUCCAGCGAAGGAGAUCCAAGAUCACGUAGCGAGUUUGAUAAAAUGGGCGAACGCUACAACAUCCAUAGUCAAUUGGAGCAUUUGCAAUCCAAGUACAUUGGUACGGGACACGCGGACACGACCAAGUUCGAGUGGCUGGUGAAUCAGCAUCGGGAUUCCUGCAGUUCCUACAUGGGUCAUUAUGAUUUGUUAAAUUUUUUUGCAAUCGCCGAAAACGAAGCUAAGGCACGGGUUAGAUUCAAUCUUAUGGAGAAGAUGCUGCAACCUUGCGGACCACCACCCGAGAAACCAGAGGAUUAAAUUGCGCGUUCUUCCACUAACUUUCCCGUAUAAUAAGAACGCUUUCAAAAAUUGAACGGUGAAGAACCGUUCAAUUUUUUGAUUAUUUAAUCAGUUGUUUCAAUGAACAUUAAUAAACUUGAGUGGAUUUUGUCAUAUA